AGAAUAUUAAUCUUAUAUCAAUAUGUUAUUGAAAAACCUGUUAGCUCUUAUGAUCGUUGCCACAGCCUGUGAGGCGGUAUCGGUCAUUGAUAUGGAGGUCGGGAAAACGUUUUCUACAGGUGCAGAAGUUUAUAAUUGCACUGAACUUGGACAAAAGAAUAUAACUGCGUAUAUUGGAUGGCCGUUUCAUUUUUCUUGUUUGGAUCUAACAAAAAACUUUUACAGUGCCGUUUUUCCGGAGUAUGUUACAAAAUACCAACACGAGAAUAUUACCUGCUCUGUUUACGACGAUAACGCAAUAUCGUUGUGGAAUGAAACUGCAACUGCAAAAGCAAUGAAAACGAAAUCUGGUGUUGUGUACAAUAGCUUUGACGUUACAAGAGGACAAGUAUCAAAUUAUCGGCUGAUUUUACGGGCGCCGUCGGCAAAUUACUGUGCAUACGAGGACAUUUUGUUUCAUCCUAAACACUCUUCAGAGAACUACAGCUGUCAAAAUUUGAGUCAAGAAAUCGGAACAAUUAAAAAGAAGCUUAAAAUUGGAAAUGUAUACAGAAUGACGUGCCAGCUGGACUAUCUAAGAGAGCCUGCAUUAUAUAUCCAAAACGUUUCCAAAGCUGAAUACAUAUGGACGUACAAUUGCAGUGAAAAUUUGCCCGAAAACACAGUAAUCGUAGGAAAUAAGCUUACACUAACAAACGUUGAUUUUUUAACUGGUGGUAUAUAUUCAUGUAAAAUCAGAUACAAAGGAAAUGAGAGAUACGCCACACGGCAUGAAGUGUGCAUCCAACAUGGCAAUGCAGGAACCUACUCGAUGAAAUGUCCUGAUAAAGUCAAGGUGAAACUAGGAGAUGAUGUGAAUAUCACGUGCAGUGUUGACUUUGGUACAGGACAACAUCUAUGGUUUUUACCAACUGCUAUAUGGAGUAAAAAACUAUUAAACGGAACCAGUGAAGGGUAUUGCACGAAGCUUACGCUGCUAGGUGGACCGCGAAACUCAACCGUGGAGGAACGAGCAAAUUGCGACAAUGCUCAGAUUACGGAUCUGUACAAGAGAUGUUUCCUGUACGAACCAUCGGCCGAUAUAAAAGAAGCAUUGCAGCAUCUCACACGGCUCACACUAAUUAUAAAAGAAAUGAAGGAAUCCGAUGCAGGGACGUAUGGAAUAAAAUUCAGCGUUGAUAGUGAUAAAUCUGCUAACAGCACCAUUGAACUUGAGAUUGAUCAAGAUGCAGAGCUGCUGAGUUACGCACAUAUAAUUGGUCUGGGUAUCAUGGGUCUAGUUCUACUACUUUUGCUGAUUGGAUUAUGCGUAUGGAGAAAGAUUGAUAUUUUAUGGUUCGCGAAGAAAUACUUUGGCCCAUAUGAAAAAGAAGUGAAGAGAUACACUGCAUAUUUAGCAUAUCACUACAGUACUGAGAACAUGACGGAUAUAUCUAGAAAAUUGACCAAUGACUUGGUUGGUGCUCUGUAUAAAGUACUUGAUGAAUUGAAUGCAACAACGUAUGAUGACCACAAAGAUGAAAAUGAAGUUCAGAUGCAUAUUGAAAACAUCGCAAACGCACAAAAAGACUGUCAUCGUAUCAUCAUUAUACUGAAUCCGGAGUACGUCACAGAUCAUUGGAGUCUUCAUAAAGCUUACGCGGCACUUCGUAACAUGAUCGAAGGAGGAACCCAAGUGAUUUUUAUUUCCUUGCCAGGCGUUGAAAAAUAUUUUGAACAACUUCCAAGCGAGCCAAAAACUGCACUGAAACACGCAAUGAAGAUGAAUACAACCAUCAAAUGGCAAGGCAGUGUUCCUCUGAACGGUUCUAUUCGUCGCCAUCUUGAAUAUGCUCUGCCUAAGUGCAAACAACAAGAUAGAAGACGAGGAGAGGCCGCAGAAAAAUUAGCAAUCGAAGAAAGAGUAGUUUAAUCAGAUACAGGAAAAAAUGGUUCAAACAAAAGAAGACCAAAAUAAAGAA